AUGGAAAUAUUUAGCAGUAAAAAUUUUGAAGAAAUACAGGUGGACAUGGAAGAUUUUGAUUUUACACAGGAAGAUUUGCGGGCAUUAACAUUACUCGAGACUAGCAUUAUACAGCAGAAUGAACAAGAUAAUCAAUCAGAUCUAGAGUUGUCGGAUUCAAACGAAGAACAGUUGCAUAUUCCGAAAAAACGAAGACGUUUAAUCAUCCAAAGCGACAGUGAGAGCCACACUUUGGCAACUGAUAAUUGGUACACCAGCUUAGAGUUGGCUUACAAUUUACUGGAACAUCAAACGCACUUGAUUGGGACUAUUAGGAAAAACCGAAGAGGUUUACCUAAGGAUGUAGUAGAAGCCAAACUUCAAAAGGGAGAGUUCAUGGCCAUGGAAAACGAGGAUGGUAUAACAAUUUUAAAAUGGAAAGAUAAGCGGGACGUGAUGAUGCUUUCUACUAAACAUUCUGAUAAAAUGUCAACAAUCGCCAAAAAGGGCAAACAGAUUACUAAGCCGAAAGUGAUUUUAGAUUAUAAUAAGUCAAAAGGAUCUGUCGAUAUGAGCGACCAAAUGUCGUCGUAUUCUUCUCCCUUACGUAAAACUAUUAAGUGGUACCGGAAACUUGGUAUUGAGAUUUUGUUGAAUACUGCCGUAGUAAAUGCAUGGAUUAUGUUUACCGAAACUAGGAACACAAAAAUGUCAAUCGUAGAGUUUCGGAAAUCUCUAGUAGACUAUCUAACAAGCUCGUCAGAUUCUCAGCAGACUGAGUCAGGAGUAACGGUAUCAAGACCCAAACGUUUGAAGCACGAGUUGCUAACAAAAACUGGGACAGUGAGAAAUACUAGACGAUUUUGUGUACACUGUUACAAAGAUAUGGUAAAGCAGUUUGGACGAAAAUUGGCGAAAAAUAAAGCUAAAAAAGGUUAA